UUACAUUGUUGCCCUGGACCUGACUGGAGGCCCAUGGAGCUUGGGGCCACAGGCCACAGGGGACAAGGGCCAGACACCCAAGCCAUGGCUCCAGGCCAUUGAUCCAGCCUAGGCUGGUCAGUUGGGGGUGGAAAGACCUUGGCCUGGAUAAACAGAGGCUUCCAGGCCUGUUUGCAGGCCUUGCAUCUGCCUUCCGCUCUUGAAGGAUGCCCACCGCUGAGGUCCCCCAAGCAGCUGGUGGGCAGGGCGAUGGAGGUGAUGAAGAGGGAGCUGCUGAUCCAGAGGAGAUGUUCAAGACCCCCAAAAACACCAAGAGAAAAGCCCGAGACUACGCCCGCUUCGCGCCACUACUGCUGAUCUUGGCUGCUUUGGCCUCAGCAGGAGUCAUGCUUUGGUAUUUCCUAGGGUACAAGACAGAAGUGACCAUUAGCCAGGUGUACUCUGGCAGCCUCCGGGUGCUCAACCGCCAUUUCUCCCAGGACCUGGCCCGACGAGAGUCCGGUGCUUUCCGCAGUGAAACUGCCAAAGCCCAGAAGAUGCUCAAAGAGCUGAUUGCCAGCACCCGCCUGGAUGCUUACUACAACUCCAGCUCCAUCUACUCCUUUGGGGAGGGAUCCCUCACCUGCUUCUUCUGGUUUAUCCUUGACAUCCCCGAGUACCAGCGACUGACCCUGAGCCCUGAGGUUGUGCGUGAGCUCCUGGUGGGUGAGCUGCUGUCCAACAGCUCGACCCUGGCUUCCUAUAGGACCGAAUAUGAGGUGGACCCCGAAAGCCUGGUGAUUCUCGAAGCCAGUGUGAACGACAUAGCCGUACUGAAUUCCAUGCUGGGCUGUUACCGCUACAGCUACGUGAAGCCAGGCCAGGUCCUCCGGUUGAGGGGGCCUGACCAGCAGGCCUCUAGCUGCCUGUGGCACCUGCAGGGGCCUGAGGACCUCAUGCUCAAAGUGCGGCUCGAGUGGACCCAGGUGGAUUGCAGAGACCGGGUGGCCAUGUAUGAUGCAGCCGGGCCCUUGGAGAAGAGACUCAUCACUUCGGUCUAUGGGUGCAGCCGCCAGGAACCGGUGAUGGAGGUGCUGGCAUCAGGCUCCAUCAUGGCAGUGGUGUGGAAGAAAGGCCUGCACAGCUACUAUGACCCCUUCAUGCUCUCGGUGAAGUCUGUGGCCUUCCAGGAUUGCAAGGUGAACCUGACACUGGAGGACCGGCUGGAUCUUCAGGGCUUCCUCCACACACCCUAUUACCCCAGCUACUACUCACCCAGAACCCACUGCUCUUGGCAUCUCACGGUACCCUCUCUGGACUACGGCUUGGCGCUCUGGUUUGAUGCUUAUGCACUGAGGAGGCAGAAAUACAACCUGUUGUGUACCCAAGGCCAGUGGGUGAUCCAGAACAGGAGGCUGUGUGGCUUCCGCACCCUCCAGCCAUAUGCGGAGAGGAUCCCCAUGGUGGCCUCAGCUGGUGUCACCAUCAACUUCACCUCCCAGAUCUCCCUUACCGGCCCUGGUGUGCAAGUGUACUACAGUUUGUACAACCAGUCAGACCCCUGCCCUGGAGAGUUCCUCUGCUCCGUGAAUGGACUGUGUGUCCCUGCAUGUGAUGGGAUCAAGGACUGCCCCAACGGCCUGGAUGAGAGAAACUGUGUCUGCAGAGCCAUGUUCCAGUGCCGAGAGGACAGCACAUGCAUCUCACUGCCUCGAGUGUGCGACCGGCAGCCUGACUGUCUCAACGGCAGUGAUGAAGAGCAGUGCCAAGAAGGAGUGCCCUGUGGGACAUUCACCUUCCAGUGUGAGGACCGGAGCUGUGUGAAGAAGCCCAACCCAGAGUGUGAUGGACAGCUGGACUGCAGUGACGGCUCAGACGAGCGACAUUGCGACUGUGGCCUCCAGGGCCCCUCCAGCCGCAUUGUGGGCGGGUCCGUGUCUUCUGAGGGUGAGUGGCCAUGGCAGGCCAGCCUCCAGAUUCGGGGUCGACACAUCUGUGGGGGUGCUCUCAUCGCUGACCGCUGGGUCUUAACGGCAGCCCACUGUUUCCAGGAGGACAGCAUGGCCUCCCCGAGGCUAUGGACUGUGUUUCUGGGCAAGAUGCGGCAGAACUCACGCUGGCCAGGCGAGGUGUCCUUCAAGGUGAGCCGCCUGUUCCUGCACCCGUAUCAUGAGGAGGACAGCCAUGACUACGAUGUGGCCCUGCUGCAGCUGGACCACCCUGUGGUGUACUCAGCCACCGUGCGCCCCGUCUGCCUGCCUGCACGCUCUCACUUCUUCGAGCCAGGACAGCACUGCUGGAUCACGGGCUGGGGAGCCAUGCGAGAGGGCGGUCCCAGUAGCAGCACCCUGCAGAAGGUGGACGUGCAGCUGGUCCCUCAAGACUUGUGCAGUGAAGCCUAUCGCUACCAGGUGACCCCACGCAUGCUCUGUGCUGGCUACCGCAAGGGCAAGAAGGAUGCCUGCCAGGGUGAUUCUGGAGGCCCACUGGUUUGCAGGGAGCCCAGUGGCCGCUGGUUCCUGGCAGGGCUGGUGAGCUGGGGCCUGGGCUGUGGCAGACCCAACUUCUUUGGCGUCUACACCCGUGUCACACGUGUGAUCAACUGGAUUCAGCAGGUGAUGACCUGAGGAGCUGGUCUUCAGAGCUGGACCCGCCUCCAGCCCAAGUUCAGGGCACCCACCCAGCCAGGGCACAAGUAUUCUGGGAGGCGUGUUCCCCCAGGCCUACCCCAGUGACAGCACAGGGAAGGCAUGCCAGCUGGGGGUCGGGAUUUCGCCUGAGGUCCAGGGGUCAGCCUCGGUUGGCUUCACCUCUAGCCCUUUCUCGUUCUAGCUGUUCCCCCUCUUUCCUCCUUCUACCAUUGUUUUGGGGUGGGGUCUGGUGUCAGUGAUGCUGGCUCCCAGUCUGUAGGAAAGUAAGAUUCCUUCCCUACUUGGAGGGCACUGACUCAGAGAGCAGAUGCCAGCCUGUGAGGCCCCCGUGUACUGUGGAUGGGUGGGAAGAAGGUGCCUCUAUCAAGCAGCAGCCCGCGGAGCCCUUGAGACUGCCAAGUGGGCCACACUAUAAGCCAAACACCAUGGGGCAGCCCCAGCUGCAGGUGCCUGCUGCAGCUCGGUCUGCUCCGGGGCCCUCCCUGCCAUUCCCUGGAGGACCUCCAUCUGUUCGGAAAAUAAAGCACUUGACCAAG